AGGAGAUUUCAAUUUGCCGGACGGACCUUCUCCGAAUUAGGAGCCGCCUACAGUUCUGAGAGGAACUACGAGAAUGGUCACAGUACACAGAGUCCAGUUCUAAACUUUGGGUUAAUAAUGACAUACGGGAUAGUUUUUGUCAUUCUGCUAUUUAUUUAUUGCCCAACGUCGUCAUUCGCUGUUUUGCACACAUUUAGCGCCCUGCUCACACAAGGAUUAGAAAGCAGUGGCUUUCCGAAGUUAACUUUUUCUGAACUGGUGGGAGAAGAUGAGCUCUAUUAUUAUAACAGCAACAAUAAAACACUGAUCCGAAGAUAUGAUUGGUUAAAAGAAGUGGAGAAGUUUAACUUCCUGGAUUUACAUUAUGAAUUUAUUUUUGUCUUAGAGGCAAAUGCAGACUCCUAUGCCAAUGAUUUUAUCGUUUUUUUUAAAGAAACAAAUGAAAUUCAGAUUGGGCAGAUGAUUUUAGGCUGUGAGAUAGACCAAGAAGACCAGAAUGGCGAUUUUUUUAUUCAUUUUGGAUUUAAUGGAGUGGCUUUAGUUGAUGCGAAUCUGGACAAGUUAACCUGCACUGUGUUACUGAAAGAAGCAGAGUAUAUGGAAGAUGACUGCAUUACUUCGCUAAAGCGCAACUCCCAUUCCGUUGUCAUGCUCAGAGAGGUUUGCACCCUGUGGUUAAAGGAAUUCUUGCGUUAUGGGAAUAAAACACUGGAGAGAAAAGCUCAACCCAAGAUUUCAGUAUUUGAGAAAAUAAAUCAAACAACUUCUGAGAUUAAAGUUGUGUGUCAUGUAACUGGAUUCUUCCCUCGAGACAUUGAGGUGAUCUGGGUUAGAAAUGAACUGGAUGAUUUACCUUCGGAAGGUGGCGAUAUUCUGCCAAACAAUGAUAAAACUUACCAGGUUAGGAAAACAAUCAUUGUAAAUCGUAUGGACCUUGGAAGACACAGCUACUCGUGUCAUGUGGACCACACCAGUCUCACCAAGAAACUAACUGUGGCUUGGAAAUACAAAGAAACGGGACCUGUCAUGGAAAUCACAGUGGCCAUUGCUGCAGUAAUACUAAUUGCUAUAGUGAUCAGUAGCGGAGUUCUCAUUAGAAGGAAAAAACGAGGAGCAUCUGCAAGGGACACAGAGAUAGCAAGAAACACAGAAGAAUUAAGACAAAUGAACAGUGAAAUGUGAACAGCACAUUGAACCUUUGCAUUAAGACCAUUGAGAAGAGAACCAAAGAUGCUGCUCCUGUGUGUCUGCUUUUCUAUGCAUGGAUUAAAUGUUUCUUAUUUGUUUUCAAUCCCUUUUUUUUGUA